AUGGCCUUUUUUACUUUUUCUCUACCAGAAAAUACGACCCUCGCGAACCUGGCCAUGAAUAUCAGCUUGCCCCUAUACCGAUGCCGCCACCACCACCGAUGCCGCCACCACCACCGACAGCGUCCCCUCCUCCCCCCCCCGGGGGCCACGGGAACUGCCAAUGAGCAGUCCGGCGAGUCGUCCCCUGAGGUCGUCUCCCAGAGGGACGACUCGCCGCAGGCCCAGGGUGUUUCCUCCGCUUCGGGUUCCGAGUCUCUCGGCUCGGCCUUCCACGCCCACGACGACGAGGAGAAAGCCCAGACGGAACAACAAGCGGCCGUUGAUGCCGCGUAG